UACACAGGUAGACGCGAGACAUUGAAGCGAUAAAUAAAAAUAUUAUAUCGUUAAUAAUUUUUCAAAAAGAUGUGUAUCAGAUAUUUUGCAGUAAAAACAAAUACGUGACAGUGCUAUGAAUCCGCUUAAUAUAGCUGAAUGGUCUCCAGACCAAGUGUCGGAAUGGAUGUCGGGUCUGGGGCCGAUGGUCUCUCAGUAUUCUCCGGAGUUUAUCAAGAAAGGUGUCAAUGGGGCUAAACUGUUGACUCUGCGUUGUGACGACUUAGAGUACCUUGGAAUUCAAGUUAUUGGUCACCAGGAGCUUUUGUUGGAAGCUGUGGAGCAUUUGAGGAACUUUCACUAUGAGAUAUCUCGGGAAUGCGUCCAGCAACUAGCACUCCGUGUAUCGGCCGCCGCUGCAUCUUUGGCUCGAGCCUUGCGCCAUCACGCUGACACUCGUUUGGAGACGCAUUCGCUUGCAGACGUCGCCAGGACGGUGCAUGCGGUUAAGCCUUUGGUAUGCUGGCUCGACAGGUGGCCCCUCUGCUCGGGGGCUCCUUUAGCGGAGAGAAAAGCGGCCUUAUUGAAGUUAUCCUUAGAGGCCGCCACUUGUGCGCAGAGGGACAGGUUUGCAGAACAACCGGCUCGCGCCGUAGCCGCUGCGGCCUCGGCCGCCGCCGCCGUCGCUGAUUAUAUUAUUCAGGACGUGUCGGACCCCUUGAUCCUGCAGCCCUCGUGGGUGGACACCGUGACCCUGCGCCAGGCCGGCAGGCCCCUGGGCUUCCACGUGCUGCCCUCCUUCUGUGGCCAUCAUCAGAUAGCCCACAUACGCUUCGGAUCCCCCGCCCACGCUUCGGGUCACGUGCACGAGGGUGAUGAGAUCGUCCAGGUGGGCGACGUAUGCGUGCUGGGCUGGAGCGGGGAGGCCGUGGAGCGCGCGUGUGCCGCCGUCGCCGGUCGGGCCUCGGGCGAGUUGGUGCUGCGCCUGCGCCGCAGAGGGGCCCGAGCCCUCCCGACGCCCCCCCUCCACACGCGAGCCCCUCGACCCCGGGCCCACCGGCUGCGGCUGCCCCCGCUGACGGAUCAUCGAAUGUUGCACAGAUACGAGCUGGACUUCCCGAUGACGGCGACUCCGCCGGCCCUGCUCCGCCCCCCGGUGGAGGAGAAGGAGGAGCCUCCCCCGCACUCCCCGGCCUGCUCCCCCGAGUGCUCAUCGGACGAGAGCGAGCCCCUCUCUCCCCCCGCUUCGCCCACGCAUCUGCACCUCGACAGGGCCCGCAUGUACCCGCCCAAGCCCCAAGCCGCGGUCCAGCGUCGGCACACGAUCAGCUGCGGAAGCCCCGUCUCCAAAAGACCGCACCUCGGCAUCGAACAGUUCUGGCAAGAGCUGCAGCAGCAGAGAUGGGACAGCGGCGAGGGGCCCGAGCCCGAAGACGCCGCUCUCUACAGGCGGGACAAGGCGGUAUCGUGCAGCACGGGUUUGCAGCUUUCUCCGCGACCGAGGACCUGUCUCGGGGUGCCCCGGGCCCCGCGAGCCGCCGUCGCCCCCGUCCGCCCCGAGACCCCGCACGCCACCAGGGGGAAGCUCGACAAGAGCCACUCGACUCCGGCCUACGAGCUGGAACCGCCGGCCGCCCUCGCCCCCCUCGUCGACAACCCCAUCCCGGAAUCCCCGACGACGCCCCCCGUGCGCGGGGCGGACGGACCCAUCCCCGCGGCCGGGCGAGUCGACGAGGAAGACGAAUCUCCGGAUAAUUCCGAAGACAAGUACGGUCUAUCCGAAGAUGCGAAGGCGACGGACGACGGGUCGUCGGACGACACUCCGGUGCCGGUUCUGGAGAGUCUGAACUCGGUGCUGAUCGAGGAACGAAAAAUCGAGGAGGAGGAGCGAGUGACGAAGUACCCGAAACCGCGUAUAACGGAACGCUCGAAGGUGUCCGACGUCCCUCCGGAGCCUCCGCCGCGCCCGUCCGCCCGCUUGCCCCCUCCCCCGCGAGAACACUUGCCCCCCCGCCCGCUCCCUAAAGACCCCGCCGUUUCCUCCGGAGAGAGACGAGAGCUCCCCCCUCCCGAGAGAGCCCCCCUCGCGCGCGACGAGUCCUCGGAGGAGAAAUUCAAUAAAGAGGAGUUCCGAAGAGAGAAGUCGAAUCGCGAGCCGAUCGGAUCCCUCAGCGAUUUGAAAAUACUGUCCCCCUGUCGGGAGAUCCGACACGUCUUCGAGAGAGACGGCCGAUCCCCGAGCGACGAGACCUGGGAGCCGAUCUCCGCAGGCCGGCCCGCCUCUCCUCUGCGGGAGUGCCCGGCGCCGCAGUACCCGGUGCUGAGGAUGAUCCCGCGACCCGCCGAGCCCUCCGCCUCGCCGCUGAAACCGCUGCGUCCCGGGGACGCGGCUCAGAUCUCGGUCCCCCUCCGUCACCUCACGAAGCACGACAUAAAGCUGGUGUCGAACGAGCGUCGGGAGAUGCCCCCCAUAAACGGGGAGCCCCAGCGCCGCGACGGGGACAUCGUGAUCGGGGCCGCGAGCGACCAGUCGCUGGACUCCCCCCACUCCCCCAAGGGGGCGGUCUCCCCCACCGGGAGCGUCGUGAGGGGGAUAUUCCCCUCCGCCAAGUCCAGGAGCCUCAAGAAGAAGAACUCCAUAUUGGCCAAGCGUCGCGCUGUGCCGGCCCGGGCGCUGUCCUCGGUGGGGGCGGCGGGGUGGGUGAGCCAGAGGGUGAGGGCCGCCCAGCAGCAGCCGCGAUGGGCGCACCGCUAUCUGCUACUCGCCCACAACUUGCUCUACGCCUAUCGGUCGCCGGAGAGCUCCCGCGCCGACUGCAUGAUCUACCUGGAGGGCUGCACGGUGAGCGCGGCGGGCGAGGUGAAGUCCCGCGCCCACGCCUUCAAGGUGUACCACACGGGCCGGGCCUUCUACUUCGCGGCCGCCUCCCACGACGCCCUGGCCGCCUGGACCCAGCUCAUCCACCGGGCCACGCUGGCCCCGCCCCGUCGCCUGGACUCGCAGAACGAAAUCAAACAGUUCUCGGAGACGGAUUACUCCGAGACGGAAUCGGACACCGAGAGCCCCGAGAAGAGAGAGCGGGACAGAGACAAGGAGAAGGACAAGUCCAAAUUCGGAUCCCUGAAGAAGCUGACGCAGCGGGGCCGAGGGGACUCGCACGAGAACGUGAGCCAGGCGGCCGCCAGCACGAGCCUCGACCGCAAAUACCUGAGGUUCUUCUCGCGGACGAAGGCCAAAGACGACUCCAAGAGCAAGACCAAGCAGCAGCCGGCCCCGGUGCCCACGGAGCAGUACCGCAGCUACCGCCGGGCGCCGCCCCAGCCGCCCCCGCACUCGCCCCGCUCGCCCCCACGCCCGAAGCCGAGCCCGAUCAACUACAUCCACGCCUCGAACCCCAACCUGCUGGACUUCGAGAGGAGCGAGACGUUCGCGCCCCGGCCGGCUCUCGCCGUCAAGCCCCGGCCGCAGGACAAGCUGGUCGGGCUGGUGACGCUGGAGGAGUUCAUGCUGCGCGCGCAGGCCGAGGAGCGGCGCCAGCUGUACUCCGAGCGGGUGUUGCUCGGCGUCGCGGACCGCGACCUGCAGAGCAGGCUGGACCGGGUGGUGCCCGACGUGGUCUACGGGCGGGUUCCGCAUCACGGCUACGAGAAGAUAGAGUUCCCGGACGAACGCUCGGACAACCGCCAGGACUCCUUCAGGAAGAGAGACAAGGUCCAAGGGUCUGCUUCCAGCUCCCCGCAAGUUCAGCCCGCGACCGAGAGGUAUGUAUUUGACUCACCAAAGUUUUUCUUAUUAAUAUAGCCUUCGUGGCAAAAUGGCGUACAUUUCAACAACUUGUAUGUCGGUAAACUAAUACUAAAAUAUAGGUUUAAAACGCGUCAGAUGUAAGAUUCGGGGACGAGACUCGGUGCUUUGCGUUGCUCGUCAUCUUCCAAUAGUGUCGCAUUGUUA